GGGGUCUGGAUAUGAGCUGGAUCCUGAGGUUCUCAGAAGUAUCAGCGUUAGGGGUCUCAGCCUGGUAUGACAGGAAGACAACGCGCUCACAGGACAGGCUGGGUUUCUGUCCCUCUGAGAGAGAAAUGAUUUGAAGUUGAGCUAUUGUGCGAAGGUUGCUCAGACCUGGAGAAUGGAAAUGGUUUUAUGCAAAGCGUUUCGUCCACAAAGCAGUCAUUUUUGCAUCGUGUCUAUUUCCACGUGCUAUUUAAGAUUUUGUGUCGGUUUUAAGCUCUGACGUGCUUAUCUCGUUUUUAUAAAACAACAGCUUAGAAUCAAGGGACCCUAUAUCAUGUUUAACUACAUUUUACGAAAUUCAGUUUAGGACGCAGUUUUUGUUCAGAGGUGGGACUCGAUGAUGAAAGUGUGUGUAGCGAGGGACAUUUUGAUCCAGACAUGUAUGUAAAUACAUCCAGAAACGCGUGUUUUCUACACAGAUAUUUCCCUCAAAACCUACGGACAGCUCGUCUUUGUACAUUGUACAUUGUACUUUGCACAUUGUACAUUGUACAUGCUGUGAACAAACGGCUUUAGUCACGUUUAAAAUGUCAUACGCCCCCUAAAACCACUGUAUCACACAAAUAAAAAAAAAACACAUUCUCACUAGUCGAAGUAGCGUGUUUCGAAUUGGUCAGACAAUUCGUAUUAGGAUUCUGAAUUGAAUAUUAUUCCAUGAUAUAACAAACGGACUACCAAAAAGAGAGUUUGGUCAUUUCUGUUUAUGUCUGUGACUAUCCUGGGUCGUUUUUUUUUCAGCUCUUUCCUCCACUGCUAGCUACUAUGUCACAUCAAAAGGGAAGUCGAUUUGCGUAGGUGCCAGAGUUCAGCAGACUGCAGAGGCAGGCCCUGAAGUCGUUCCAGCACAACACGCGUUUCUGCGCACAACUCCGCUGACUCCCCGCACUGAAACCGCAGAUUGUGUAUUGCAAUUAAAACGAGAAAGACGCAGAUCGUCUUCGGAUAAAUCGACUCACCUGCGUCGUCCCGAGUUGAGAGGGCGUGCUGUUGGCGAAGACGCUGAAAUUUGACACUGGAAGCUGAACCUCGGAAUAGGCUGAAGCCGGCAGGGAAGAUUUCAGUGUGACAAGACGCGGUAUCGUGAGAAACAUGUUUUGGAAAACCCUGGGUCUUGCGCUUGCUGUCACGAUGCUUCAUGUGGAGAGCCAGAUGUACAUCCUGCCCUACCCCCCGGACAACAGAGGACAUGUCUGCCGGAACCCAGAGAGGGAAUACUAUCGUUCUAUGGUGCACCGCUGCUGCUCACAGUGUCCACCAGGGACCCGUCUGAUUGAGGAUUGCACAGAGACAAAGGACACGGUGUGUCAAAAGUGUCGGAACGGCUCCUACACAGAUCGCUGGCACUACCACAACAACUGCUUCAGAUGCACAAAGGCCUGUUAUCAAGGCCUGGAGGAGGUCCAACCCUGCACAGUCACCUCCCCGAGAAAGUGUGUCUGCAAGGGAGGCUACUGCUCUUUUACCUCAAGCAGCUACUCCUGUGACACCUGCAGCAUGUACUCCAGCUGCCCGCCUGGCCAGGGAGUCUCAGAGAAAGGGACCGCAAACUCUGAUGUAGUGUGCUCUCCCUGCCCUCCUGGUACCUUCUCUGCCACGGACUCCAGCACAGAGAUCUGUCAGCCCCACACUGACUGUGCCUCACACGGGACCAGUGAGCUGCGCGCCGGGACAAACAGUGCAGACGCCGUCUGUCACCCCAAAAUGGCAACCACACCUCCCAGGGCUGUCGCUGCUGAGACUCUCGGCAACUCUGUCCUGCACAGGAUGGACGCCCCUUUCUCUGCACGGCCACCUUCUCUGCCUCACUCUGUUCCCACCACAGUGCAGGCCGACAAGACCGUAGCUGUCAUCGACAAGACCAACAUCAUCGCUGGGGCAGUAGCUGGCGGUGCAGUGCUGGUCACUAUCAUCAUAGUGAUGUUUAUCAUUGGACGCUGCAUCUACAACAGAACUGCAGCCCUUCAAGAGAAUGCCGAUGCAGAGGCCAAGAAGGUCCUGAACUGUACCCCUGGGGCCCUACAGCGGAACUCCUCCGGCAACCUCCACCCCCCUUCGCAGGAACGGCUGUGCCUGCUGGGAGAGACGGAAUCCAGCCAAUCCGAACUCUCGUCAGCCUUGGGCAGCCAGUCGGGCGCGGAGACGACCACAUCGAGCAGCCAGAGAGGGAGCCCCAGCUGCUGUCAAGGAGGAGACGUCCAUCUCCCAGUGCCAGGACAAGGACAACAAGGACGCCCGCCCAGCUGUGCAGGAAGUCGGGAAGGCGAUGUGAGCACGCCGAGCCAUGCAAGGGCAGUACCAGGGCGGCAACAUGAGGAGACAAGAGCAGCCAGUCAUGUGGACCAUGGAGAGAUCCAAACUCAUGGCGUUAAUUUAACCAGGGCUAAUUGUUCUUUUUCAACUGGAUCAGUAGAACUCAGAGGAGAACUCAGAGGAGUACGGUCAUUAACCUAGUGUCACCUAGUGUGGUCAUUAACCUAGUGUAACCUCGUAGAAGAUUCUUGUUACAGCUCUCGUUAUUAAUGUUUUUGGCGUUUGAGUAUUUUACUUACUUUUUUACUGUUGCUGGGGAAGUGGCAUAUACCUCCCACUCCUGCUACCUUUAGCCCUCAGACGAUGAGUGGCCUAAGCUGACAAUGGCCAUGACUCAUGAAGGAGACCGCUAAUUAAACCUCAAGCUCAUCGAGUGUUCCGGGGGAAUGACUCCACCUGACAAUCUCAGCGAUUCCUCACUCUAAACUUGCGCUCAGGGAGCGAGUCUUCCGAAGCAGUUAGUAUUACUGAUCAUGUCGAGAUGACCACAUGGAGAGUGAGUGAGAGACCUCAGAGGAAAAAAAGAACAGGUCAUGCCUUCUGUCACAGCCUGUUCAUUGAUGGGCAGCUCUUCAUCUGCAGGAUCUUGUGAGACAGGGGACAUUUGAUUAUGCUUGUCAUUUCUGUGUAAGGCUCCCAGUUUCUUGGGAUGGCUGUUUCCUACCUCUGAACUCUGAAGUGCUUUUCCAGUCAAAGCACAUGAAUUUGUUUGCUUUUUAGUGAAAAGCAUGCAAACUGAUCGCGUUUCUACUUACAAGAAACUGUCCACUGUUGCUCAGCUGUGGAUAGAUAUUGCCUCAAGGCUUGUUCACACCUCCAAGGAUUAUAAGCCACAGAUGCUCACCUCUUUUUACAAGAAGCCUCUAGACAGCCUACCUACGUGUUCCAGUGUGGUCUGUACACUGUAUCUGUCUUGGUGACUGGUGUAGAUAGCAUGCACAGUAAGGCUUACACUCAUUCCAGGAACAGUGGGGCCGGGUUGCGGUAAUUUGCUUAAAAACUACGGCUCACAUAGGACAGAGCUUCGUGAGUUACUGUUCACCUCCUCCGGUUAGCGGCAGAGCAGUAGACUGAAGGAGGACCCAGCGGAGACGCAAGAUCAGCGGAUCAUGCAGAAAUGAAAGCAUGGAAAGUACUCCUUACUGCUUGUCUAAUUAAAAAAGAAGUAGUUUAACGUUACAUGCAGGGCUGCAGCACGUACAAGAACCCUUCGAAAUGCAUCUGCAAAAAAAAAAAUGCUUUCAACAUGAAACCCACUCCCAGUGCAGCUGUCUUGAAUUCCUGGAAGGCCAGGUGCAACUCUGACUUGUUAAAAGAGUUAGCCAUUGAUUUCUAGAGCCUCUUUAUGAAGUAAGUUCUGGGAAAGUAAGCUUUUUCGGUAAGGAGCUAUAGAGCUCCCCACUCUCCUCUCCUCUCCUCUCCUCCCCCAAAGUCCCUUCUUAUUAUACAGUUUAUUUUUUGUGCAGAUCACUGUGUACUCUGAGCUCUGUGAAGCUGGCCUUCCUAUAAACAGCCCAGUGACACCUGGUGCAUUGCCAAUGAUCGAAGUACAGUAAGCGCCCGACAGCUGGUUUAGUGAAGCUAACUCCUGACAGUGGGAGUCCAACUGCUCUUGUUGUUGCUUGCGUUGUCUGUGCUCUAGGUUCUGUGUAUGAUGAAGGACUGGGUGCAGUAUGCAGAAGUACGCUGGGAGGAAUUGGGUAAUUUCAGUGCUAAGAGAGGAGGACUCUUGAAGAAUCGGGAACUCCCUAUUGGCACGAGGCAUGUUGGCUUGCAGUACCACCCUUCUGAAACCAUGACGUGGGUGCUCACUUCCUUUGGAGGACAAUUGUGCCAGAGCUAUCACCACUGUGGCCAAGCCUGUGUUGUAACACGGGCAGCAGUGUAGGCUUCAUUUUGACGGGAAUAUGUGUAGUUUGUAACAUGCCACAGGUAAUGGACUUUAAAAGGCAGUGUGUGGCUUUAAACCUGUAAAUCUGAAGUUAUUUAUACUUUUAUGUGUGUUGGUUGUUCUAAACAGACAUUUUAAGAAUGGUAGUGCCUUAGUGCUAAGUAUAGUUACUGUAGUUGUCUAUUCAUGUUUAUCCACCUCAGGCUCUUAGAUGUAUUCCACUUAGAAAUGGCAGAAUAUGCUGGGCUAGUGUGUAUAGGCGUAGCUUUUUUAGGAUCUCAGGGAAGAGCUCCACCCUUGUUCUUUUUCUCCAGGUAUCUCUCAAGUAAGAGAUAAGAGCAGAAAACACCUGCUGUCAGUAUUGUAAGAGUUUUUCCACUCAUGACUGAGCAUUUGUGAUUUCGCAGAAUGUGGCCUCCACCUGGUGGUCAAUACAGAGCAAAGCACUGAUUCUGGCUGCAAACUUCAGUUUGUUUUUAAGCUGUUAGAGGAGGUUUGCCACUCCUGCAUAUUUUCACAACUAAAACCGCAUAACAUUUAGUGUUGUUUUGGACGUACUUGGAGGAGUAGUUUAUUUUUUGUGCAGAUAAAUAUGAACUUUGAGCUCCAUGAAGCUGGCUCUCCUACGAACAGCACAAUGACCAAUGGAUUUCCUUUGUUUGUGGGACCUCGUUGGCUGAUAUUAUCUGAUCACUGGCAAUGGGAAUUCUGAAAUGUUCUUGCUUGCCACGAAUGUUUUUUUAAACAUUCACAAUUGUGUUUUUUUUAUUUUGUGACCUAAAAUCUGGAAUUACCAAUGUUAACCCUGUCGGAUUAAACGUGCUCUGUCAGACCAUCAGUCUCUAUUCACUUUGCCAGGAUCACAUUACAUUCCAAUUAGUUUUAGGGGCUGCUUGUGUCUAAUGGCAGCCCAUCCAGAUCCAUGAGAUUCAUCUCCAUCCUGGUGGCACUCAGUCCCAUCCCACGGGAGUCUGCUUACAAUGCAGUGUAGGAUCAAGCCAGUGGUAUCUGGGCCAAUAUUGUUAAUUUGAGCUCUAAUGGCUGAAAUGAAUCAAGCGACUGAAAGAGAUUCAAUUCUGUUCUUAGGUCCUUGGUUCAGCUUCCUGGUAAAACAGCUCUGCAGUUGGCUUUCCUAUACCUGAAUCAAGGAGCAGGCCACUGGAAAGUGCAGUCUUAAAUGCCCUAUAGCUAGGACAUGGUUUAAAGCCAUCUCUGUAAUUAGCACUUUUUGGUGUCUUUUACCACCUUUAAGCCUGUUGCUGUCAGAUCUUAAAAGCUAAGAUCUGACUCGGGCAUAGAAUGGGCACGUGGGCCCACUCAGUCGUGGGAUGGGGGACCCCCCAGGGGAAUUCAAGUUGUUGUUGCAAUAUGGUGUAAAUGGACCAGCAGAUGGUGCUCUUCAUUCUAGUACAGAAUUUGCAAACCAGUGCCCCAGUAUUGAGCAAAACCACAGUGCGGGACCAUACAGCUGCUGGCUUUCAUUCCAGACAUGUUUCUCAAUUUCCUAUACCAUAAUUUAAUGAGAAUUCCCUUUUACCUAUUGUGUUUUGUGAGUAAGUUAAAAACCCAAACCUUCCAGUUGGGGAGAAAAAAAAAAG